AAGUGACUUCCUCACAUUUUCUCAAUCUCUCACCCAUGGAUUUGAGGAGACUCUCACGCGCAAGCUACUUACUCACGCGCCGCUUGAAAUCCAUAGCUUACGGCCGGAGAAGCUUCCACGCAACCCGAUACCUGCAACAGCAGGUCCGUCGGCCGGAGAAAUCGGAAGAGGCUUCCUCUGAUCGGCAUUUGCGCGAACGUUUAUCCGCGGCUUUGUCAAGGAGAUCUCUAGAUUACGAGCAGUGUAAACAACUCAUAGCUACUUUAUCGCCUCGCGAGUUCGAUACGCUGUUCCCUGACUUUCGAUCCAAAGUUAACCCCAAGACGGCUUUGGACUUUUUUCGCUUAGCGUCUGAUUCGUUUAGUUUCUCCUUCAGCCUCCGUUCUUAUUGUUUACUGAUAGGCUUGCUGCUCGACGCGAGCCUGUUGUCUCCCGCUAGACUAGUUCUGAUUCGUUUGAUCAAUGGGAACGUUCCGGUUCUGCCUUCUGCUAGUGGCUCUGGAGACGGUCGAAAGUGCUGUGAAGCUUUCGAAGUUGUUUGCAAAGGGGUUUCUCCUGAUGUCUACUUGUUCACCACAGUGAUUAAUGCGUAUUGCAAGGGAGGGAAAGUCGGGGAGGCCAUUGAGAUGUUCUCGAAGAUGGAGGAAGCUGGUGUUGCGCCGAACGUUGUUACUUACAACACUGUGAUUGAUGGGCUGGGGAUGAUCGGAAGGUAUGAUGAGGCGUUUUUGUUUAAGGAGAAGAUGGUGGAAAGAGGUGUGGAGCCAACUCUUAUCACUUAUAGUAUUCUUGUUAAAGGUUUGACCAAGGCAAAGAGGAUUGGUGAUGCGUAUUGCGUCGUGAAGGAGAUGACAGAGAAAGGGUUUCCUCCUAAUGUGAUUGUGUAUAAUAACUUGAUUGAUGGUUUGAUCGAGGCUGGGAGUUUGAACAAGGCUAUUGAGAUAAAGGAUGACAUGGUUUCAAAAGGGCUGCCUCUCACAUCGUCGACAUAUAAUACUCUCAUAAAGGGAUACUGCAAGAGCGGUCAAGCAGAUGUUGCAGAGCGUCUCCUGAAGGAAAUGCUGUCGAUGGGUUCAACUGUUAACCAGGGCUCCUUUACAUCGGUAAUUUGCUUGCUGUGCAGUCAUCAUAUGUUUGACUCUGCUCUUCGUUUUGUUGGAGAGAUGCUUUUGCGUAACAUGAGUCCUGGUGGUGGAUUACUUACUAUGUUGAUGUCUGGUCUCUGUAAGCAUGGGAAACACUCAGAGGCAGUGGAACUUUGGUUUAAGUUUCUAAAUAGAGGUUUUGUAGUAGACACGAAGACUUCGAAUGCUCUGCUCCAUGGACUCUGUGAAGCAGGGAAGCUGGAGGAAGCUUUUGGGAUUCAAAAAGAGAUAUUGGGGCGUGGUUUUGUGAUGGAUAGUGUUUCUUAUAACACAUUGAUUUCUGGAUGUUUCAGAAAGAAGAAACUGGGAGAAGCUUUUAAGCUCAUGGAUGAAAUGGUUAAGAGAGGACUUAAGCCUGACAAUUAUACUUACAGCACGUUGAUCCGCGGGCUGUUUAAUAUGAAUAAAGUUGAGGAGGCUAUACAAUUUUGGGGUGAUUGUAAACGGAAUGGUAUGCUUCCAGAUGUUUAUACAUAUUCAGUGAUGAUAGAUGGAUGUUGUCGAGCUGAAAGAACAGAAGAGGGUCAGAAAUUGUUUUAUGAGAUGAUAAGCAACAACGUGCAGCCAAAUACUGUUGUUUACAAUCAUCUAAUCAGAGCAUAUUGUAGAAGCGGGAGGGUAUCAAUGGCCUCAGAUCUCCGAGAAGAUAUGAGACUCAAAGGAAUUUCACCUAAUUGUGCUACAUAUACUUCACUAAUAAAAGGGAUGUCGAUCAUUAGCUGUGUUGGCGAGGCAAAACUCCUCUUGGAUGAGAUGAGGGAGGAGGGCUUGGAACCAAAUGUCUUUCAUUAUACAGCACUUAUUGAUGGAUAUGGUAAAUUGGGUCAGAUGGUCAAAGUUGAAUGUCUUUUGCGUGAGAUGCAUUCGAAGAACAUAGACCCAAACAAGAUCACCUAUACCGUGAUGAUUGGUGGGUAUGCUAGAGAUGGGAAUGUAACAGAAGCUUCUAGGGUUCUAAAUGAGAUGAGGGAAAAAGGGUUUGUUCCAGAUUCUAUCACGUACAAAGAAUUUUUAUAUGGAUAUCUUAAGCAUGGAGGUGUUUUGCAAGAUUUUGAAGGCUCUGAGGAAGAAAGUUAUGCAGCAAUCAUUGAAGGAUGGAAAAAACUCAUACAGGUUUAUGGUUUACAAGUCCCCAUUCCUGGUGCUCCUCUGGUUCAAGAAUUGAGUGCCACAGACUCUGGAUCAGCGCAGGCACUUGAGACAGUAGUCCUAACAAGGAAAGAUCCACGCAUCAUGGACAAGAGCUUAAAGCCAGUGCUCACCGGAGUAGUUUAGAACUAAUUUUAGGCUAAUACGCAAAUUUUCCCAAGAUGUACAGAUAUUUUUUGUCCACGGCGAUUCAUUAAAAGGUUCGAUAUGAAAGGUAUCAUUUUACAACGGUGUCAACUAACUCUACAGCAUACAUUGGUACUAAAGGCUAUCAGUGGGGUUAAUGUAGUUUUUUUCUUUCUUAUAUACAAUUUUUUAUUCACUUUUGGGUGAGAAAAUUAUUGUAGAUGUACAUAAAACAGUAGAGAGAAAACAAAUAAUCAAAAAUUUCUUACUUCCACUGUUCAUACUUUUUUUUUGCCAAAUACCCAUCGAAGAAGUUAUCA